CAAUAUAUUACUAUCUAGUCUCUCUCUGCUAAUUUCUUAUAUUAUUGUGUUGGAGAGAUCGUAACCAAGAAUCAAUGGCGGAUCAAACAGGAACCCGUCAAGACAUAAUAGUCCGAGACAAUAGAAGUACCCUAGACAGAGACCAUCCGAAGACAGGGGCGCAGAUGGUGAAGGUAGCGACUGGGGUCGCAGCCGGUGGAUCUCUCCUAGUCCUCUCCGGCUUAACACUCGCCGGUACAGUGAUAUCACUCGCUGUAGCCACUCCUCUGCUUAUUAUAUUCAGCCCUGUCUUGGUCCCAGCCUUGAUCACCGUGGUUCUCAUCAUCACUGGGUUCCUCGCAUCCGGUGGCUUUGGUAUAGCUGCCAUCACCGCCUUCUCUUGGCUCUACCGGCACAUGACGGGGUCUGGAUCGGAUCAGAAGAUAGAGAGUGCUCGGAUGAAGGUGGGAAGUAGAGGGCAUGAUACCAAGUAUGGGCAGCACAACAUUGGAGUCCAUCAGCAGCACCAACAAGCAGCUUCUUAAAAAUAAUGUCAGAUAAAACUAUUUCCAGACAAAAGUGUCAUCCAUCGUUUGAUAUCUUUUCUUCGUUUUCUCAACGUUUGUGGUGUAACGUAACGUGUAAUAAUAUGAGUGUAUGCUGUCAACAUUGUUCAAAACAAAUGUAUCAAAGUGGUGUUUUCAUCCAGUUUUCUUGUAGGAGUACCACGCAAGGGUGCUAUACGGUCAGACAUCGACAUGUGUAUGGUUUAAUUUACCUUCAGUGUGGUUAUAAUAUAUGUGGGACUCCAUAUCAUACCAAGAGAAGCAAAUCGAUGAGCCUUUUUAAUCAUAAAAAUAUAUUAUUAAUUAAGGGUUUUAUACAGAAUCAGAACCUGAAUGAUCAUUGCAUCUAAUAUUAGAGUUAGCUAUUAACAAACAAGAUCUUCUUGAGAAACAGACAAAUUCAGGUGACAUUUCUCUGAUAUUAUUGCGGUUUUGAAGUCUCUUUCUGCUGCAUGAAUCGUUCUGUAUCUAAAUCUUCAUAAAUUGUGCUUGUUUCUUUACAUACAGCGUUACACUCACAAGUCACCAACUUAGCUUGAUUCCACUGACAUGACUGAUUUGUUGUCCUAACCUAUUACUAUUGUCGAGUUGUCUUUCUAAAUACCCCCAAAUAUUGCAUAAUACAAAAAGACCAGAUGUACAAAUGAAAGCAAAUGAUACACAGCAGUAAUCUUAUUCAACUUUCACCAUGUUUUCGUGAUUAUCCGGCUGUUAACAACCAGCAUACUCUCUUGUGUAGGUUUCUCUUGUUGGUUAUAAAGAAAAUAUUUUAAAAAAAAAGAAACAAA